UCCCCUCGAUAAUUUAACCUGGGUGGUCAAAGAUGUUGAGAAAAUUGAUUUUAGCAAGCCAAAAAUGUUCAAGCCACGAUCCGAAGAACAAGAAAUAAGGAUUGCCUAUGUUGAUUACAAGGAUGUUGUUACUCUGCGCAAGUUUAUUAAUCGGCAAGGACGAAUUAAUCAUCACCAGUACACCCAGUUAGUAGCCAAAACUCAACGCAAUGUGACCCGAGCUAUCAAACGAGCCCGUCAGAUGGCUCUUCAAGAAAGAAGAAUAAUAAAUAGUUGCCAGACUUGCCGCACACCAAUCUAUGAAGGCGAACCGAUUUAUACUAGUUCUAAAGGUCAAAGUUCCGGUUAUACUAAAGGUGCUUAUGGUGGUAGGAAUUUUGGUGAUUAUCAAGCGGGAGGCUAUGGCGGACAUUAUAGCAGUAAUCAUGCUUCCGAAAGUUGA